AUCGAAUACCUGGACGAAUCGAUCAUCGAGAAUCUGGUGAAAACUGAGAAUCCCGAUGAAGGCGUCGCCAAUGAAGCCGUCCUUGCAGCUCUCCGAGAAAACAAGGAUGUCGUUUCUGGAGUCAUAGAGGGCGGCUUCACGGUAUGGGAAGGCACGAGGCAUUUGCUCAAUUUUCUGGAACCUAGAAAUGCAGAAGUUCACCACUUCGUCCAGGGAAAGCGUGUCCUAGAUCUGGGCUGUGGAGCCGGUCUUCUAGGAAUUUACGCCCUCCAACAAGGUGCAAGCCGUGUUGUUUUUCAGACAAAUCGUAGGGCUAAAUCAGUCUCCUUCUACUCCGGAGACUGGCACGAUCUGAGCGAGCUCUGGCGAACCCUGUCGGAUCUGCGUUUCGAUCUCAUCCUCACCGCCGAGAUAAUCUACCGACCAGAACUGUACGUCAAACUACACGAGAUGCUUGACGUAGCGUUGGCACACAAUCCCGACUCCUCUAUCCUAAUGGCCAAUAAGUUGAGCUACCACGGCAUAGGCGGUAACGUUUACGAUUUUGUAAAGUUUGUAGAGGAGAGGGGUGUCUUCUCCCUGAACAUGAAGCAGCUUACUGACUCGGGUAUUGCCUACGUUUGUCUAUCAAUGAAACGAAUCUUGACUAGUUACUCUACUCUUGUUUCUCGCAUUGCUGCAGGCAUCCGCAUCCAACACUGUCAAUGUAAGGAUUAG